ACGCGAGACUGGAGUUCAGCCGCGCAUGCGUACUGUUCAUGACCUGCUAAUUUCGUUAGCCAAGUAGAUCCGUCGAACGUUACUUCCUCCCGUCAACCUCUAAUUGCGUGACUUGAAGGCAGUAAAAUAGUCUGCUGUUCCACCAUGCUACAAUUCCUGGCUGGCUUUACCUUGGGAAAUGUUGUGGGAAUGUACCUGGCCCAAAACUACGAGGUUCCAAACAUAGCCAAGAAAAUUGACGCCUUCAAGAAAGAUGUGGAGGCCAAGAAGAAGCCCCCAGAAUGACCUGCGCGAUCAACAGAUGCACUCUGUAAAGAAAUUAUUUAUUUUACAGGGAUAUAGCACGUGCAAUGAGUGUACAAUUGAUGAAAGGAUUGACAUUGUAAAAUAUGAGAAUAUCAACAGUGCCUGCAACCAUAUUUUAUUCUUCCCUUAGUUUCAUAGGUUCUAUUUUAUAAGAUAAAUUGUGCAAAGACUGGAUUCAAAGAAUAUGUGAGUAAUGGGAUCACUUUAAGUCCAGUAUCGUGGCACUGUUGGCUGGCCUUUUCUAUUAUGCACUGUUAACUUGCCCAUUACAUUCAUAAGGUGUAUAUAACAUUAAUAAAAUGUUUCUGGUUUAAAGAUGUCCUCAAGUUUCAAGUGUGUUAAUAACUCUGGAUCAGUCAUCUUACAAUAAAAUUGCUGAAUGCA